AACCCUCUCCCCCAUUUCCAGAUGGAAAUUUAGCUAUGGGGUGGGGGGCCAAAAAGUGAGGGCCACAGAGCCCAGCAAGGGGCGUGGCCCGUGCCUGUUCCCAAGGGCGGAGCCAGUCAGCAGGGUCACCCUGUUCCUUUAAGAGAAGGGGGAGCGCUAACCCCUCUCAGCCAUCCUGUCCUGUCCUCCAUCCUGGCCAAAUCCGAAAGGGAAAAUGAAAGAGGGAGAAGGAGGCGCCGGUCCCAGCCACCUCCCAAGGUCCCUGGCUCAGCUCUGACACCCCAGUCCUGGCCCCAGGCGCCAUGGGGGAGUGGGCGUUCCUGGGCUCGCUGCUGGACGCUGUGCAGCUGCAGUCGCCGCUCGUGGGCCGCCUCUGGCUGGUGGUCAUGCUGAUCUUCCGCAUCCUGGUGCUGGCCACGGUGGGCGGCGCAGUGUUCGAGGACGAGCAAGAGGAGUUCGUAUGCAACACGUUGCAGCCGGGCUGUCGCCAGACCUGCUACGAUCGCGCCUUCCCGGUCUCCCACUACCGCUUCUGGCUCUUCCACAUCCUGCUGCUCUCAGCGCCCCCGGUGCUGUUCGUCGUCUACUCCAUGCACCGGGCCGGCAAGGAGGCGGGCGGCGCUGAGGCGGCGGCGCAGUGCGCCCCUGGACUGCCCGAGGCCCAGUGCGCGCCAUGCGCUCUGCGCGCCCGCCGCGCGCGCCGCUGCUACCUGCUGAGCGUGGCGCUGCGCCUGCUGGCCGAGCUGACCUUCUUGGGCGGCCAGGCGCUGCUCUACGGCUUCCGCGUGGCCCCGCACUUCGCCUGCGCCGGCCCGCCCUGCCCGCACACGGUCGACUGCUUCGUGAGCCGGCCCACCGAGAAGACCGUCUUCGUGCUCUUCUACUUCGCGGUGGGGCUGCUGUCGGCGCUGCUCAGCGUAGCCGAGCUGGGCCACCUGCUGUGGAAAGGCCGCCCGCGCGCCGGGGAGCGUGACAACCGCUGCAACCGUGCACACGAAGAGGUGCAUAAGCUGCUCCCGCCGCCGCCGCCACCUCCGCUGCCCUCCCGGCACCCCGGCCCCGAGCCCUGCGCCCCGCCCGCCUAUGCGCACCGGGCGCCAACCAGCCACCGCGAGGGCGGCAGCGGCCGCGGCAAGGCGUCACCGGCCCCCGGCCGCCGAGACCUGGCCAUCUAGGGGCGGGCCCCGCCUCGCGCGGGCUGGACGCGAGGGCCGGACCCCGCCACCUCCGCCGCCCGCACCGCAGAAACCGGAAGCUGCUUCCACCAGAGCUGUCGUGGGACCUGCCCUGGCGGGAGACGCGCUGUGGGGACGGCCCGCGGGCGACAUCGCACUUGCCUCGUACUGCCUCCCAGUGGCUGCCGGCGGCACCUGGGGCAGGCCGAGCUGGGGGCGGAGAAUGAACUCAGGCAGGUCCUGGAUGCCACCACCCAGGUGGAAAGGAAGCAGACCAGGGCCCUGAGAGAGAGUGGACCCGAGGGGGAGAGCAGAGCGGAAGGUGGAGGGUGGUUGUUUUACUGGGGACACAAACAACUGUGAUGCCAGCAUUCUCAGGCACUCUCUGUGUUGAGAAAGUGGUCCCCGUGUGGGCCCUCUGUGAGUGUGCACACACGGACACAUAAGCACUGCGAGCUGUGUGCACGCCCACCUGUACACCCUGUGUGAACGCCCUGCAUGUGCGCGCAUGUGUACACCCUGCGUGAGACCCACUUGUGCACACAGACACACGUAACCCUUCCAGGUGAUCUGUGUGCACAUGCACAUAGACACAUGUAUGCCCCGUGAGAGCUGUGUGCUCACAUCCUUGUGAGCUUUGUGUGAGUGCGUUGUGCACACACGCACACGUGCAUCCUGCGUGGGCUGCGUGUGCACACCUGUACACAGAAACAUCCUUGUGCACUAUGUGUGCAUGUGUACAUCCUGCGUGACCUCCGUGUGUGCACGCGUGUGUGUGUGUGAUCUCUGAUAUGCACUGCGGGGGUGGCCAGGGUCCGAUGCCAGCAGCAGCCACAAUGGCUCCCUCCCUACCACCCUAACCCAGCCCACCUGCCAGGGCAUCACAGAAGGUCUGUCCCCCUCCCAAGAGACCCCGCCCAGGGAGGGAAGAGGAGGAGAGGCUCCCCUUCCCAGGGCAGGCCUCAAUCCUCGGGAGCCUAUGAGCACAUCCUCACUGUCCGCCUUGUAGCGAGGCGGGGGCUAGGCCCUUUCAUGGAGGUGGGGUAGGGGUGCGCGGCGGGCUAGAGGGCAACCCAGACAUGUGUUAUGCCUCCCUCCUCCAUCUGCAUCCUCCCCGCCGCUACUGCUCCCCCAGGCUAUAAACGGGAAAGUCUCUUCUGUCCUCAGGAGAAAGCUCCCAAAACACGCGCUUCCGGCCCAGCCUUCCCUUUGGACCACUCCCUUCUUCCUCGCGGGCAUUGGAAGAGCUGCUGCCUAUGCAGCCCAUCCCCCUCCUGUGUCUCCCCUCCCGUCUGCCCUCCACCUUCACCAGCCAGUGGGCUGCUCUCCAUGAGAUCACCCAGGACCUAAGUGACAAAUCCAGGGGCCAUCAUUGGACUGCACCUUGAGGGCGUCCCCGCAUCUGCCGACCAGGCUGUGCGUUCCCCCCUAUCACCCCACCCUGUCCUUCUAAGUUCCUGGCAUCGUUCUCAGCUCUCCUGUGCCCCGCACAGCAGUGGGAGGUCUUUCUGAAUAGCUCUCCCGCUACUUAAACCCGGGGCUGGGGGCAGCCUCACAAGGCUUCCUUCUGAAGCCCUGCUCCCGUCAGGCCUCCGACCCCACAGCACAGGCUUCCAGGUGUGCUCAGAACCAUAGGGAGUUUUCUGUUCUAACAAGCACCAGGCCUGCUUGCUGCCAAGCGUUUGAACGUGCUGUUCCUUUGCCCAGAGCAGCCGCUGCUUCCUGCAGCCUUCUCCUCCCCUAGUUAAUGCCCCUCCACCUUUUGUUGUCACUUGGGAAGAAAACAGACACCUUGAAGGAAAGGGCUUCCCUGGUAGCCGCCACCCCGAGACAGAGCUGGGUGCCUGUUGCUUCCCUAGGGAGAGCAUUUCUCCUGCAGGAUGGCGCUGCUCUCUCCCCUUCCAUGGCACGUAGUAUGUGUUCAGUAAAUAUGUGUUGGAUGAGAAACUGAAGCUUCCCCAGGCCUACACCAUUGCCAUGCCCGAACACUAUCCACACUAUGGUGAGCACCAUCUCUCUGAUGACAGUUCUGUGUCCACAACCCAGACCCCUCCACACAAACUCAGAUGGGGCCGUGUCGCUGUUUUCCAGAUGUAUCCAUUCAACAAAUAUUUGUAGAGUACCUACUAUGUGUCAGGUGAUGUUCAAGAUCAGCAUCAUCCAAUAGAAAUAGCAUGUGAGCCAUGUAUGUAGUUUCAACUUUUUCAUUAGGCACAUUAAAAAUGUAAAAGGAAACAAGUGAAA